UUUAGUACGUUGAAGAAGAAAAUAUUCUUAUCCCCUUUUGUGUUUUAUUUGUUCAUUAACAAAAAACAUCACAAAACGCAAACGCUAAAACACGUAGCUGUCGUGGACUAGUGUCAAUCACUCUUGAGUGUCUCUUCUUUUGUCAGCUUCUUCUCUCUCUUUUCUCUCUUUUCUCUCUCUCUCUGAUCUUUUAAAAGAUAGCAACAUCUAAAAUCAGCAAAACCACAUUUUCUUUCUUACUUCUCCUCUGUCCUUUCUAUUUCCAGAGUCCUGUAGUUUACUUUUUAGAGAGAGAUGAGAAGAAGCCUCUCUUUCUCUGUCUGAGUAAAACAAGAAACCAAAAAAAAAAACCAUAAUGGAGUUGUUGAUGGGGGGAACCGAGUCUGGUGGUGCUUCUUCCACCGAGUCAUCUUCACUCAGUGGUGGACUCAGGUUUGGUCAGAAGAUCUACUUCGAGGAUGGAUCCGGAUCCGGAAGCAAGAACCGGGUAGUUACAGGUCAUAAAUCGUCGACUACGACCACGACGGCGAGGUGCCAAGUGGAAGGUUGUAAAAUGGAUCUAAGCAAUGCAAAAGCUUAUUACUCACGACACAAAGUUUGUUGCAUUCACUCUAAAUCAUCUAAAGUCAUUGUCUCUGGUCUUCAUCAAAGGUUUUGCCAACAAUGCAGCAGGUUUCACCAGCUUUCUGAGUUUGACUUAGAGAAACGAAGUUGUCGCAGAAGACUCGCUUGUCAUAACGAACGACGACGAAAGCCACAACCCACUACUCUUUUCACUUCUCACUACACUCGAAUCGCUCCAUCUCUUUACGGAAACGCCAAUGCUGCAAUGAUUAAAAGUGUUUUGGGAGAUCCUACGGUGUGGUCAACUGCAAGAUCAGUGAUGCGAAGGUCUGGACCUUGGCAAAUUAACCCGGUUAAGGAAAGCCAUCAUCAACUCAUGAAUGUUUUCUCACAAGAAAGCUCAAGUUUUACUAUAACAUGUCCAGAGAUGAUGAACAACAACAAUAGCACAGACUCGAGCUGUGCUCUCUCUCUUCUGUCAAACUCAAACUCAAACCCGAUUCAGCAGCAGCAACAACAACUUCAGACACAAACCAAUAUAUGGCGACCAUCUUUAGGUUUUGACUCUAUGACCGUCGAUAGGGUUACACUGGCUCAGCCACCGCCCAUUUUAAGCCACCAUCAGUACAUGUCUCCUGUGUUGGGACCGAGUCAAAUCUCUGCGCCAGAUGAGUUCCAGAUAAGCAAUGUCACCACAAUGGAUGGUUUCGAGUUGUCUCUUCACCAGCAGGUUCUGAGGCAAUACAUGGAACCUCAGAACACAAGAGCUUAUGACUCUUCUCCACAUCAUUUCAAUUGGUCUCUUUGAGUCCUUUCUAUUUCACCCUUUAAAGACUUUCUUUUAAUAUAACUUGUUCAGCUCCACCAAGAGCUUCUUCUGUGGAAGGUUGCUACUAAGACUUGACAGUCUCAAGAUCUUAUCAAUUUUUUGUUUAAUGCUACUUUUGGAUGUUACUUUAAUUAAUGGGUUUGGCUUUUGAACUUUAA